AAAUAUCGGGACUCGCGCCAAAGUUCAUCUCGCGAUAUCCUGCAUUUUAGGGUUUUAGAACGACCUUCUUCAACCGCCUGUAGGGUUUUAGAGCUGUCUCCUCUCUCUGUAGAAACCCUAGAGGAAAAAAAAAAAAAAACCCAGGAGAAGAAAAACCAAAAGGCCAUGAACUUCCGCUUCCAGAACCUUCUAGGGGCUCCCUACAGAGGCGGGAAUGCUCUCAUUUCCGAAAAUACCCUCCUUCUCUCCCCCGUUGGCAAUCGUAUCUCCGUCACCGACCUCACCAAAUCCCAAUCCCAAACCCUACCCUGCGAGUCUUCCUCCAACAUCUCCCGCAUCGCCGUCUCCCCCGACGGCACCUUCCUCCUCUCUGUCGACGACAACCGUCGAUGCCUCCUCAUCAAUCUCCGCCGUCGGAUCGUCCUCCAUCGCCUCACCUUCAAGCAUCCUGUCUCCUCCCUCAAGUUCAGCCCCGAUGGCUCCCUCAUUGCCGUCGGCGUCGGCAAGCUCGUACAGAUCUGGCGCUCCCCUGGCUUCAGGAAGGAGUUCUUCCCUUUCCAGCUCGUCCGCACGUUUGCCGACUGUGAUGGUCCGAUCACGGCCCUUGACUGGGCCCCGGACUCGGAGUACAUCCUUGCUGGGUCGAAGGAUCUGACGGUUAGAUUGUUUUGUUUGAAGAAAUUGAAGACUUUUAGGAAGCCGUUCUUGUUCCUAGGGCACCGGGAGUUCGUCGUGGGCGCCUUUUUCUCCAUGGAGAAGAAGAACCCCGAUCGGGUCUGUAGAGUCUACACUAUUUCGCGCGAUGGUGCAAUCUUCACCUGGAAUUUCAAUGGCAACGAAUGUAAUUUUGAUGCUUCUGAUAGGCAGAUUUCGGACCCUCUUUCUCCGGGCACGCCAGAGCAGAUGCACGAUGAAAACGUGGAUAUUGUUAGCAAUGGUAGAAAGAGGAAGAAGAGUUCUGAGGGCAAUGAUGGUAAUUUGGAUGAAGGAGUCUGGGAAUUCGCAUUGCAUAGGGGGAAAUGGGAACUGUUGCGGAAGGACUUUUUCAUGCAGGCCUCUGCGAAACUGACGGCUUGUGAUUAUCAUCGUGGUCUUGAUAUGGUGGUUGUGGGGUUCUCGAAUGGGGUUUUUGGGCUGUACCAGAUGCCGGAUUUUGUCUGUAUUCACAUGCUUUCUAUAUCAAGGGAGAAGAUUACGACCGCGGUUUUUAAUGGGUUGGGGAAUUGGUUGACGUUUGGGUGUGCAAAGCUGGGGCAACUGCUUGUGUGGGAGUGGCGGUCAGAGAGUUAUAUUCUGAAACAGCAGGGGCAUUACUUUGAUGUGAACUGUAUUGCAUAUUCGCCUGAUUCUCAGCUCUUGGCUACCGGAGCUGAUGAUAAUAAGAUAAAGGUCUGGACAGUUUCAUCAGGGUUCUGUUUUGUCACAUUCUCUGAACACACUAAUGCAGUCACUGCACUCCAUUUUAUGGCUGGUAACCAUUGUCUACUGAGUGCAUCUUUGGAUGGCACAGUUCGUGCUUGGGACUUGUUUCGCUAUCGAAAUUUUAGGACAUUUACCACUCCUACUUCUAGACAAUUUGUUUCUUUGGCAUCGGAUCAGAGUGGUGAAGUAAUUUGUGCCGGUACCCUGGACUCUUUUGAGAUUUUUGUGUGGUCAAUGAAGACCGGUCGCUUGUUGGAUGUUCUUAGUGGUCAUGAAGGGCCUGUUCAUGGGUUGAUGUUUUCACCUACAAAUGCAAUUUUAACUUCAUCAUCAUGGGACAAAACUGUUCGGCUGUGGGAUGUUUUCGAAGGAAAAGGUGCUGUUGAAACAUUUCCACAUAAUCAUGAUGUUCUUACAGUGGUCUAUCGUCCGGAUGGAAAGCAGUUAGCUUCCAGUACAUUAGAUGGUCAAAUUCACUUCUGGGAUCCUAUUGAUGGCCUGUUAAUGCACACAAUUGAGGGUCGAAGGGACAUUGCUGGUGGGCGCCUCAUGACUGAUCGAAGAUCAGCUGCUAAUUCAAGUUCUGGGAAGUAUUUUACAACCUUAUGCUAUUCUGCUGACGGAAGUUACAUUUUAGCUGGUGGGAGUAGCAAGUAUAUUUGCAUGUACGAUGUUGCAGAUCAGGUGUUGCUGCGUAGGUUUCAAAUAACCCGCAAUCUCUCCCUGGAUGGGGUACUUGACUUUUUGAACUCAAAGAAAAUGACAGAUGCGGGCCCAUUGGAGUUAAUUGAUGAUGAGAUUAGUGAUGUAGAGGAAGGCAUUGAUCGACAGGUAAGGGAAAGUCUAGGGCAUGAUUUACCAGGAGCAAUGCCUAACCAUGGACGGCCUGUUGUUCGAACAAAAUGCUUGAGGAUUGCACCUACUGGAAGGUGUUGGGCAGCGGCAACAACUGAGGGAGUUUUGUUGUAUUCAAUAGAUGAAUCCUUUGUCUUUGAUCCCACUGAUCUUGACAUGGAUGUUACACCAGAGGCAGUUGAUGCAGCUAUUGCAGAGGGCCAACCACAGAGGGCGUUAUUACUCAGCCUCCGUCUGAAUGAAGACAGUCUAAUUAAGAAAUGCAUUGUUGCUGUGAAACCGUUGGAUGUACCGGCUGUUGCCUCAUCCAUCCCUUUCAGAUAUUUGCAGAGGUUAAUUGAGGCAUUUGCUGAUCUAUUAGAAAGCUGUCCACAUUUGGAAUUUAUCCUUCGAUGGUGUCAGGAGCUUUGUAAAGCUCAUGGUCACUCUAUUCAGCAGAAUUCCAGAAGUCUGCUUCCAUGCCUAAGAUCCUUGCAGAAGGCUAUCACCAACUUGCAUCAGGAUCUUGCAGAUACUUGUUCCUCCAAUGAGUAUUUACUUCGAUAUUUGACCUCGUCAGGCCCCAAAAAUUGAUCAGCAUCUUUUUGGAGUUUGUUUACUCUUAGGAAUUGAAUUCUUUGGCUUUCGGUGGUUGCCGCUCGGUUGAAUAUGGCAUUUUUAUAUGAUUGAAAUCUUAUCAUCACCAUCAUAACAGCCUUGUCCCAGCCAUUGCUGCUCGACUUUACGGAUCCUGUUGCCAUCAUGAUCAUGAUCGAUUAUAUUCCGUGAAAUCCUAUUUUCUUGAACUUAUUCGGUGUGGUAGGUUGCACCUUCAGCUCAUUUGGUUAAUGUUGGUUCUUCUUCCACUAGCAUCUUGCUGGUGUUUUCUUGAAAACUACAUGCCUAUAUGUGAUGGUGCUUGCCCACUAUCUGCUAGCAUGGUGACGUUUCUGAGAUGUGUCUCCAGGUUAUAUCGGGAUUAGUUAGACUUUAAUAGUCUUUCUUGGGAAUCAGCUGCCAAUGUGCAUGUAAUGUACCAGCGAGAUCAUGGUUGAUGUCAGCAGCUUAUCUGAUUGAGGUGCUUUGAAAUGCUUCAUGGGCGGUGGGGAUUAUUGUCUGCUGAUUGAUGGCUUGGAGAUAUGUGAACCAUGGGGGGAGACCUUGGAGCACGAAAUUACCAAAUUUGUGGGUUCUCCUUCAUGCUUCUGUCUCGAGGUUAGUCACCUCUGAGGCUCUCCACUUGAAUUUCUUCUUUGAUACAAGUCUUUAACCAUAUCACUCUGUUGUUCAUUGCGAUGUUUUUUGUUCUUUUUAUCUGCUUAUCCAAUUAAAUUUGGGUUGGUGUCCAUGCGCUGUUCUCCAAUUGCAGUUUAGUUUCAGUUCAGUAGCUCGGGUUAAAAUGUGUUUUGCUUGCUCUGUAUGUAUUUGAUUGAUUGAACUUGCAAAUGUGUUCUAAAGGGGUUUCACCCAGCAUUGCAUUUUGCAUGGAGACCCGUGGUGUAAUUCAUUGUGACAUUUUGCAGA